UCCUUCCACCUGUCUCUCCUCUGGUUGCCAUGGUUAGCGCCUUCAGGCUAUCUGGUUACCAUGGUGACGGACAACGAAGCUCUUAAAACCUCUUGUACGCAUCGAUCUUUGUGUUUUCACGGUGUCAUUUAGAAAACGGAUCAAACUGAUCAUGUGAUCGGUGUGUUUUUAUCUGUGAUCGAUAACCCGUCGGUGACGUCAUUCUGCUUCCUUUCUGUGCGGGAAGUCGGUGAGGAGAGGAAAAGCUGCUGACCAGCCAAUCUGCUGCUGGUGUCUCUCUGCGGGUUUUAUUCUCCUCCAUCCCCCUCUCAUCUCCUCCUCCUCCUCCUCCUCCUCCGCUCCGCAGCAGCGAUGCUCCUGCCGGGCCUGGCCGGUCUCGGUGCUUUGUCUGCGGCUUGGCAGUAGAUCAGCGGGUCGGUGCGGGUCGCGGCUCUCAGUCAUGGUGCAGAAAUCCCGGAACGGCGGGGUCUUCCCCGGAGCGCAGGCCGACCAGAAGAAGCUGAAGGUCGGCUUCGUGGGUCUGGAGGCCGGAGGGACCGAGUCCAGCAGGGACGGAGCUCUGCUCAUUUCAGGUGGGGAGGAGGGUCCUCGGCGGCAGCGCAGCAGCGUCUCUGGAGGAAAGAAACCUCCGAAACGAAACGCUCUCUACAGACGACUCCAGAACUUCCUGUACAAUGUCCUGGAGAGACCUCGAGGAUGGGCCUUCAUCUACCACGCCUACGUGUUCCUGCUGGUGUUCUCCUGUCUGGUUCUGUCUGUGUUCUCCACCAUCAAAGAGUACGAGAAGAGUUCAGAGGACGCUCUCUACAUCCUGGAGGUUGUGACCAUCGUGGUGUUCGGGGUGGAGUACAUGGUGAGGAUCUGGGCUGCAGGGUGCUGCUGUCGGUACAGAGGGUGGAGAGGACGACUCAAGUUCGCCAGGAAACCGUUCUGUGUCAUCGACAUCAUGGUGCUGAUAGCGUCCAUCUCAGUCUUGGCAGCAGGGACUCAAGGGAACGUCUUUGCCACGUCAGCGAUUCGGUCUCUUCGGUUCCUUCAGAUCCUGAGGAUGAUCCGGAUGGACAGACGAGGAGGAACCUGGAAACUGCUGGGAUCGGUGGUCUACGCCCACAGCAAGGAGCUGAUCACGGCCUGGUACAUCGGCUUCUUGUGUCUCAUUCUGGCGAGUUUCCUCGUUUAUUUGGCAGAAAAAGAAGAUAACGAGCAGUUUGAGACGUACGCCGACGCCCUCUGGUGGGGACUGAUCACCUUGACAACCAUCGGUUAUGGAGAUAAGUUCCCCAUCACCUGGAACGGACGUCUGCUGGCUGCCACCUUCACUCUGAUUGGAGUUUCAUUCUUCGCCCUGCCCGCUGGGAUCCUGGGUUCUGGUUUUGCCCUGAAGGUUCAGGAACAGCACCGACAGAAACACUUUGAGAAGAGACGAAACCCAGCAGCUGGACUGAUCCAGGCGGCGUGGAGGGUUUAUGCCACAAAUCUGAGCCGAACUGAUCUGACUUCAACCUGGGAUUAUUACGAGAGAACUGUAUCUGUUCCCAUGUACAGGCUGAUUCCUCCCCUCAAUCAGUUGGAUUUACUGAGGAACCUCAAGAACAAGUCGGGACUCUCAUUCAGGAAAGACGUCCAGCCUGAACCAUCUCCCAGUCAGAAGGUCAGUCUGAAGGAGAGGGUCUUCUCGUCUCCCCGGAGUUCAGGAACCAAAGGGAAAGGUUCUCCUCAGCAUGUGGUUCCUACAGUUGGCCCUGGUGUUGCUCCUGGUGUGGGUCCUGGUUCUGGCGUAGGUCCUGGAGUUCCUGGAGGUCCUGCGGGCUCGGGGGGAGUCCAGGCUCUGCGACGCUCUCCCAGCAUGGAGCCCAGUCUCGAGGAGAGCCCCAGCAAGGUUCCAAAGAGUUGGAGUUUCGGAGAACGCAGCAGAACCCGUCAGGCCUUCAGGAUUCGAGGAGCUGCCUCCCGCCAAAACUCUGAAGUGCUGAUAGAGAUGCAGGACGAAGAGUUCAGACAGAAGAACUCCCCAGAGGCCAGCCUGCCAGGAGAAGACAUGGCCGACGACAACAAGAGCUGCCACUGUGAGUUCGUCCCUCAGGAUCUGACCCCGGGGUUAAAGGUCACCAUCAGAGCCAUCUGCAUCAUGCGUUUCAUGGUGUCUAAGAGGAAGUUUAAGGAGAGUCUUCGUCCCUAUGAUGUCAUGGAUGUGAUUGAACAGUAUUCAGCCGGACACCUGGACAUGCUCGCCCGCAUCAAGAACCUUCAGUCAAGAGUGGAUCAGAUAGUUGGCAGAGGAACGCCAGUUGCAGAUAAAGACCGUCCCAAAGCAGCCAGCGAGGAGCUUCCUGAGGAUCCGAGCAUGAUGGGACGGCUGGGGAAGGUGGAAAAGCAGGUCCUGUCCAUGGAGAGAAAGUUGGACUUCCUGGUUAACAUCUACAUCCAGCGAAUGGGAAUCCCUCAGGCUGAAACAGAUGCCUACUUUGGAUCCAAGGAGCCAGAUCCGGCCCCACCCUACCACAGUCCGGUGGAUCAGCUGGAGAAGAGCCAGUCCAUCUCCAAGAUCUUGCAGGUGUUGCCCGGCGACCAUAUGGAGAAGACUCGUUUCGUGACGAAGAUGGUUCGCUCCAGCAGCUCCACUGGACACAGAAACUAUAAUGCCCCCACCUGCCCCCCCUCCACUUCUUGGCAGCCAAUCAGCUCCCAGCUCCACCAGCAGGCCCCGCCCCCUCCUCAGCGUAGCCAUGGCAACAGUCCAAGUCCAGUGGAAGACGGGUCACUGGUUCGACUCCCGCCUCCUCCGGCCGGAGAGCGGCACGGGGGGAACCGAUCAAACCGCCACAGCACCGGAGAGCGAGGGGGGGGAGAGAGACCAGAGAGGGGAGGAGAUGGGGCCAAUGGGACUGGGGGAGGAGGAGGAGGAGGAGGAGAAGGAGGGGAGGAGGUGAAGCUGGACAGUGACACCUCCAUCUCUAUCCCGUCGGUGGACCACGAGGAGCUGGAGCGCUCCUUCAGCGGCUUCUCCAUUUCCCAGUCCAGAGAGAACCUGGACUUCCUCAACAACGGUUUCUACUCCUCCACCAACCUGGGAGACCACAGAGGAGGAGGUGGCACCGCCCGCUGCGCUACUGUCCGGCCCUACAUCGCUGAGGGCGAGUCGGACUCCGACUCAGAGCUCUGCGCCCCCUCGCCGCACUCGGACCGGGCCUGGACCGGAACCAAGUAAAGGUAAACCAGAGCAGAACCCAUGAAAUGUAUGAAACUGUGGACGGUGAAAGACGUAAAACAUCAGCUGGAAGUUCUGAGUGAAGCAUCGUGAAGAUAUCACCUGUUUUUAUUUGUAUGUUUUAUCAUGUACAGCAAAUGUUUGUUCUCACUGUCACUGAUUGGUUCACUGCUCGGACACGCUCGCACGUGAUUGGUUGCUUGUGUCACCUGUGGUCUUUACGAUCAGCAGCUUACUUUUCCAUUUAUUCAUUGUAUUUUAAAACACCUGACGUAAAGCAUCAAGAAAACACGUCACCAUGACAACACAGCUGUUGUCCAUUUCCUGUCCAGAGCUCAGACACAUGGUCCCUGCAGGUUAAACUCUGGGAUCCAGUGUUCAGGCGGCAGGUUAGAAAAUUAGAUUACAUAUUAGUCUGAACUCUGAAUAAACUCCUCACUGGUUUAUUUGAUCUUCAGGCGAUUUUUAAUAAUGUUUCCAGCUGAUACCCUGUCGUCUGUGACGGCUGCACAUGUGAUAUCAUGCUAACAGACUGAGGCUAACGCUAACAGGUCCCAGCUCACGUUACAAACACUGUGUAAUCCCAGACUUACUCCAGAACCUUCCAAACAUUCAUCACCUGACAGCCGCUCCGCUGUGAUUGGCCGGUCUCUGGUUGACGUAGGGGUUUGGUUAAUGGUCAGUUAAAAAAGUCUGACUCCUCCCACGAAACCAUGACACAGCUUUUUUACACAUUCAUGAUGUCAUAGAAACAUUAGCUCAUAUAAAUGAUGUAAUAAUCCAACUGUUAAUCCUUUUAUGAUGAAUAUUUAUUAAUUAAUAAAAAGAUUUCGUGAAACAACAUCAGCAGGAAUGUUGAGGAUAAAAUGUGCGAAGUCCCGCCCCCACCUGUACACAUGGACACGUCAUCAGUAAACUGACAGUAAAUGAUCAGCUGAUCAACCAGGUCUCUUUUGAUUGGUUCAUGAAAGUGACUAAUUAUUGACUAACCUGCUGCCAGUUAGUCUGAAUGUAGACACACUUCAUUCACCGUUUCCAUGGAGACGUUUGCUUCCUGACAAAGUUUUUUCAGUCGCCUUCUGUCGAGCGGAACGUUUAAACCUGUUCAAACAAACUGAUGCUGAACGUUUCAGUGUUUUUAUCGUCACUGAUGGAAAAGUUCAGACUUUAAACGAGUUCUGAGAGAAACAUUUGGACCAAACGUUCAGUUUCUUCACCUGAGACUGAAACACAAACGUCUUUCUGCAGAACGUCUCCUGUUUGUGUCAAUAUGAAUAA